UGUGUGUUUUGGUUGGAGAGAGAGAGAAGACAACAAGAAGAAAAGCAAGCAAGAAGCGAGCGCGAUGAGCAAGGAGCUGUUUGUUGCGCUUGACAAGGCAGUCAAGUCGUCCAACAACAAGAAGAUCAUCGCCGCUGCAGACAAGGUGCUGCAAGCGCUUCCUGAUGAUGCGGAUGCCGUCAAGUGCAAGGUCAUUGCCCAGCUGCGCUCGAACCAAUACGCUGAGGCCAUCCAGACCAUCUCCAACUCCGAGCAUGCUGGUGCGCUGGAGUAUGAGCACGCAUACGCGCUGUUCCGCAAGCAGGACUACGUCGACUGCCUUCGCGUCAUCGAAGGAGCAGAGGAGGAUUCCUUCCGCAUGAAGGAGCUCAAGGCACAGGCGCUGUACCGUCUGGAGCGGUUUGACGAAGCCAUCGAACUGUACCACGAGCUCCUGAACGAGAAGCCGUGUAUGGAGCGCCGGACCAACCUGGUCGCCUGCUAUGCCGGCGCCACGUUCGCUGACCCCGAGAAGGAGACGCCGAGCGAGGUGAUGCAGGCUGAGGACGAUGCGUUUGAGCACACGUACAACCGCUCGCUCGUGGCUACCGCCCAGCACCGCAUCCCAACAGCGGCAACGCUCGUCAAGCAAGCACAGCAGCAGUGCGUCGACAUGCUCAAGGAGGACGACCCCGACAUUACGCAAGAGGAGAUUGACCAGGAGCUCGCCCUUCUCAAGGUGCAGGAGGGAGUGAUCCUGCAGCAGCAAGGGGAGGAGGAGAGGGCGAAGCGCAUUUAUCUCGACGUGAUCCGCUUCAACCAGGACAGCACCACAAUCGUCGCCGUCGCUUCAAACAACAUCGUCGCCGUCAACAAGGACCGGGAUGUGUUCAACUCCAAACAUCGCAUGCGCGCAACGCGCGCUGAGGGCCUUGAUAAGAAGUUGUGGAGCACGCAAAAGAUGAUCAUUGCCUUCAACCAGUGUCUGCUCCUGCUGCACAGCAACGCCAUUGCCAAGUGUCGCGAUGCCUGCGCUGACCUCCGCAAGCAGUACCCAUCAAGUACGGUGCCAUCGCUGAUUGAGGCGUACACGUAUCUGAAGGAGCGGAAGGUGAAGAACAAAGCGGAGCGGCUGCAGGCGCUGUGCGACGAACACCCGAACGACGAAAUCCUCGCCCUCGUCCUUGCUCACGAAUACGCCCGCCACGGCGAUUAUCCCCACGCCCUUUCGGCCCUGCAGCGUGUGUCCACACUCGCCUUCAAGCCCGCAUACGUCGGUUACGCCGUUGCGCUGUGCCGACGCCUGCACCGCCCAGAUGUCGCAACAGAACAACUCGACAGCGCAAUCGCACACUGGAAGAAGCAGCAGGCUGAAGGGAGCGAGGAGACGUUGCAGUCGCUGCUUCGUCUGCGCGGCGAGCUGCUACUGCAACAGCGCAAGUACAGCGCCGCCGUCAACGCGUUCCAGGACCUGAUUGACGCCGAUCCAGAGGAUAUGCGCGCUGUUGCCUCCCUCAUCGUCGCCCUCGCACAAGUCGACAUUGAGAAGGCCGAGCAGGUUGCCUCGUCCAUGCCGCCGCUCGAGAUGAACGAGGACGAGCCGUUGAACGUGGACGAGCUGGAGCAGGCCAGGAAGCUUCGCGUCGCCAAGACGUCGCGUCGAGCCCCGCUGGACAAGUUGGCUGAAGCGCUGGCGUCCAACACGGCAGCAGCCCCGGCCCCGGCAGCCGCCAAGCCAAAGCGCCGCCGCAAGCGCAAGGGCAAGCUGCCGAAGAAUGCGGAGGAGGGCGUGGAGCCUGACCCGAACCGCUGGCUGCCAAAGUGGCAGCGAAAGGGCGGAAAGGGGAAGAAGAAGAACAAGAAGAAGGGGGGCGCUGUUAAGCACGGCACCCAGGGCGCUGCGACAGAGGCAGAGAUGGCCAAACUGGACGCGUCGCUGCUGCCGGAUGCCCCGCCGCCCAAGACGGCAUCAGCGUCCCGUGCUGUUGGCAAAGGAAAGCCCCGCAAGAAGAAGGGCGGCAGGCGCCGCUGAUGGUGUUGCUGAUGAUGGUGGCGGUGCUUGUGUUGCGGUUGUUGCUGUUGCUGUUCGUCUGUGUCAUAUGGCCACCACCUUCUGGAGUGGUGAGCUUGAUGUUGGCAUGUGUCUUGAUCGACAAGUGUCGUGUCGUGCGUGUGUGAUGACAGCACAGUACAGCGUCUUUGGGUA